AUGGCAGGCAUGGUGGGCGCUUCGCCUCACUUGCCAUCGGUCAUGGCUGUGAGCGUUGACACCCUCUUUCUGGUGGUGAUGAUGUGCUCUCUUGUGGAGGUGGUGGCUGGGUUCGUCAUGUGGAAAACAUCGAGGGUGACACGAACAGAGGCGGCUUUGAUAUCGCAACGCCAAACCCUGAGGACAGGAGUUGCCAAGACAAACUACACGGCGACCUUCGUCGAGAAUUCCAAGCUCAAACGCCUCUUGCUUAAGGCGGAGAAGGAUCUCGAGAGGAUUCAGUCUGCGAGGGACAGGAGGCUCAAGUCCGUGGCGAAAGCCGUGCGCGCUGUACGGGUGUGUGUGUAUGGCUCCAUGGUGGUGCUCAUGUGGGGACGGCCGUUGAUAUCUUUCUCGCCGGAUUACCUGUGGCCUUCGUCGUUUUCACAUGCCCUGUCGGGUGGCAGGGCGGCUGGCAGCGUGGGGGCACUGUCCAUUGUGGCGAUGUUUUUGUUCGGGUUGGUACCACGGUUGUCGCCAUCGGCAUGAUGACGGCGCUUCUGGACCACGCUGCGCAACAAAUGAUAGUGGUGUUGUUUUUCUUCCCCAUGUUUUUUCCACUCAAGUUCUGAGUGUGAAAACUUUUGUUGCGGACUUGACCGCCCAACGAUGGACGGUUGGGUUGCACUUUCUGUUUUUCGUGGUGAAUGACUCUCCUUGGCUGCAACGAAUGAGUGAUAUACGGUGGUAGUGAUGUUCUGGUGGGCUGAGAGUUGUCCAAUCGCGGAAUGCUGCCUAUACUACUUGGUAAUAUCCCAAGUACGGGUACCAGCCCGUAUGUUUUCGCAUCCCUUGCGUUGUUGUUUCCUCUGUGGGUAUCACCAAGCUACAGUUUCUAGCUCGUCUUGGGACUUGCUACAGUUCUUGAAUAGGGCGUCUGCUGUACCUGUAUUUUUGAACAGCCGAAGUUCUCCCGUGGUGGCCGACACUGUGUACUAAGC